AUGCCUCUCUUUGGGCGCCGAUCGAGGUCGGUGUCGGUCUCGAGACCGAUGGCCCCCUCAACCAGUUCUCCUGCUAUGCUGGCUGCUUCUCAAGCAUUCGGCGUUAGCAAACCGCCUCAAUCCAGACUUGCCGCCGGUGCUGCUGCCGCAGCACUACGAUCAAUGUCCCCAGCUACUACACCCGUGAACAAUGUACAGACGAAGCGCAUGGUGGACCGACAGUCUUCUAUCGGCUCCAACGCUCCAAGAGGAAGAUCCCGCAGCGACAAGAUGGUAAGACGAAGUAGUUCAGCCUCUAUGACAGAGCGUACCUUCCGCGAGCCAUCUCCAGGUAGACCCUCGACAGCCACUGGUGCGCCCAUAUCCUCACGUCAGCAGGAACCUCCUGUUCCAAAGUUACCUGAAAAUUACAACAAUAUUCCUCCAGUCCCUGUGAAAUCUUCGCGCAGGUCGGCCAGUAUCGACGAGUUUCAGAUGCGCAAGGAUAACGUUACGAGGCAAGCAGCCAAUCGCAACUCCACGACUGGUCUUCCUAACUCGAAGGCGGCUGCAAACCCAGGUCUUGCUGCUGCAAGAAGAGUAUCAAGUGGCUCAGAAGCUCCACAACUCACUAGGACAGAUAGCAAUAACUCUCACAAUUUUUCCUAUCCAAAUCGUGCCAGACCGACCUCACCGCCACCCCAGCAAUACACACCAAGACAAACAAGUGCAUCGACCCCGAAGGGCAUUUCGCCGGCCGAGGUUCGUAACAUACAACAUGGAGUGGCGCAAGCUGCACAGCAGCCAGUCAAGAAAAAGAAAAAACGAGAGGGGCCACUGAAUGAAGGAAGCCACCUGCAGACUGGAACUAUGGGCCAAAAGCCGAUCGUCACUCCGCUUGCGCCGGGUCCUCCAGCUCAGGAUCAAACCUCGUUGAGAGACGUUCAGAGCGACCAGAACAUGGCGAGAAUCGCAGGCGAAGGAUCGCACUUUCCGCCUGCACCGCCAUCGCCUGUGGACAGCAACAUUCCCGACUUCUCAGACUCAGAAAUUUCCAAGUCUCGUCGAGCCCAAAGAGCGUCAGGUGCCCUCCAGAAGCAACCUUCUGUUGUUAGAGAGGAUUGGGAAGGUGAACAAGAUGAAGGCAGUUCAUCUGUUGAACCUAGCCCAGCGACAACGAGAUUCAUGUCCAACGAGCGCCAAACCACAGAAGCAAACGUGUCACGAAAGAUUGGAGGCAACAAUUCUAAGUUGGAGCAACAAGCAGCUGAUCCUCCUGUAUCAGCUGCUGUUGCUACGCUAAGAACUCCCGAAGGUCGGAAGUCCUCACUUAGUCCGUCGAGGUCAGCCAGGUUCUCUAGUCGAUUGUCAGCCGACAUGACCGAGGGUGAGAAGCAUGUACCACCACCCAGGUCUGUUUCUCCUCGAAAGCCUGCUCUGAAGCAUGCUUCUUCUCCUCGAUUACUAGCAGCAGAUGCUCAUAGAGCAAGAGACUCAAGUCUCUCUCCAAGUGAGGCGACUGACCUAUCCAUCGAAACUCCCUACAAGGCUAAGAAAUCUGCGCAUGUCAAAUUCGAUACUCACCCAUCUGUGGUUGGUAUUGCAGCCGAGCCAGCAACCUCCGAAUCGCCUAUUGUGGCGAGUCCACAACACCAGAAGGACAAAAAGUGGUUCGGUAUGAGGAAAUCACCUAAUCGUGUCUAUCUUGCUGAAGACAGCGACGAGGAGGAAGAUACUAUGAAGCCUCGUCCCCUGCUGCCGACUUUUGGUAGUGUACGCAACGGACGCAAGAGUGAGCCUGAAUCUACAACUAGCCAACGAGGCAUGCCUUCACCAUCCUCUUCAUCUACCUCAUCGAUCUCCUCUGGCACAGCUCCGACUACUAUGGAUGCAUCCAUCUCGAGCGAUCAUGCAAUUGGUCGCUUGCUCUCUCAAGAAACGUACAAGCAGGAUUCUGAUCAGCAGGGCCCACAAGCUUCAGAAGUAUCGUCAGUCGGAACAGGAAGGUACAACGCCACAGAAAGUAUAUAUGCGCAAGCUGGAGACCAAAAUCCCUCCGUCACCACAACAAAUACAUCCUACCAGAUCACGUCUUCACGUCCGCGUACAGGGUCUGAAGAGGACACCCAGAACGCAGAUAGACUACCAAGGAUCGCUGUACAACCUGCUACUCCUGGCGUAGAGGAAAACGAUACCAAACCUCAGGAUUCAUGGUUAGUAGAAGUUCCUGGAAGCUUUCCAUCAAACCCUUCAAUAUAUGCAGCUGUUACUGCCCAGCAACCUGAAAACUCAGAACCUCUGGCGCAUGACAGCGCUGCUCGCGGUCACGAAGAACAACGCGAAAGAAUGCCUUCUAUCCAGGAGGAGGACUCAGACAGAGACAGUGUCUACAGUGACGCAGCCGAGGAGAUCGACGGCGAUGGGUUCGGCUCUAUCAAUGCGAUUGUGCGCAGUCCUGUUACCCCUACUCCAACAACCCGGCAGUCAGUUGUCGAAAGUCCAAUGAUACCUGCCCAACCUCAUGACAUUCACUAUGAAUCUGAACGUUCCCAGGCUGACUGGGAACGAACGGAAGCGCGAUGGAAGGAGCGUGUUGAGAAUGCUAAACGAGCUUCGUUGCAGCCUGCAGCGCCAAUCACCGAAGCACGUUCAUACCCUUCAGAGAAUGCUAGCCAACCGCAUCCUCUGCCGCAGCCUGUGCCGGCAAAGUCACCAGUCUCGCUGCCAAGGUCCGAGCACGAAUACUCGGUUACUCCAGCUCGGCAGUCUCCUACGCAAACCAAGCCACGAUCGACUUUGAAGAAGUCGGCGCGCAAAGAAGCAGAGAGUGCACAGGGCCCACCAUCACAAAGUCUCAAUCCUUAUGCAAUUACUGCUGAGCCUCCCAAGCCUAUGCGAUCUUCUAUGCGCGGCCCUGCUGCUGCUGCUCUCGCAGCGUCUACGGGUUCUACACCUGCCACCAAUUCCUCAAUUCAAGCACAAGGAGCAUUGCAGAAGAAAAGUCUUCGAGGAUCUUCACAAGCUUCACAGAAACCACUACCACCUGUAGACAACGAUAGUGACUCAGAAAGCUCUUUUCGAAGGCAGCGCCGUAUGAAGGGUGCAGAUUCAGGCAAGUACGCUAUGCGUCGAAGCAUGCGUGCUGAACCAGCUACUGCUACUAAUACUAUUGACCGUCGAGCAGUAAGGUCUGUAUCACCUGUGCAACGGCGGCCAUUUUCCCCCGUGGGCGGACAGCCUUCCAUGCGCACAACAAUGCGUGGUUCGAUAGACAAGACGCCAACACUUCGUGGCAAUCAAGGCAGCGAGAAGCGAUCAUCCUCUUUGUUCGGUCGCAAAGCCCCAUCAACCAGCUCAGCUCCACCAUUGCCCAUAGCGAAUGCUAACAAGCCACGCCGUGGUAUUGAUUCAGACGACGAACGUGACACCGCACGCGUGCCGUUCAAGUCCAGGUUCCGGGAUUCAAGUGACGAAGAGGAUGACUUGCGUCCUGUGCGUGGUAUUCCCAGAGGCAACAGGGACGACGAUUCGACAGAUCUGGAGGACAGCUCUGACGACGAAGGCAAGAAAAGUCGCAAAUCUGGCAGAAACAAUAAUCUCUCUAUGGCAGUGCCAAGCUCUCCACAGCCAAUAGAGAGGCCUAUGUCACCGUCAUCACCUGAUGGAAAGAAGAAGCGUGGUUUCUUCGGUCGACGUAAGAAGGACAAGGAAGAGCCGUUGGAUGCUAAACCGCAGAACACGGCAGCAGUAGUCAACAUUGUGAGUACUAAAUCUAACGGUACGAAGAGAGGUGCCGAGACUGCAGCGCUUGGCUUCAGGUCGGAUGCGGAGAAGGAGGCCCUCAUUGAGCAGACACGUCAAAAGCUCGAAGCUGCCAAAGAGACACCUACAUCGCCUAGACCAAUGUCGCCUACACGUGGCAAGCUACAACGACGGAUGACACCUCAAAGAAUCAUGAGUGAUUCGUGGCCAUUACCACCAAAGAUACCAGACGAUGUCGAAUCACCAAAUGCCAAUCGACCUGCCACAUCUGAUGGGUCAGCCGCAGGCAAACCACCACCUCUGGAUCGCCAACCGUCAUCGGCAGCUACGUCGCCGACGAACAGUGCUGAUAUUGGUGGGAAGAGUGGGAAGAAGAAGAGAUUUCCAAUGUUACGCAAAGCCUUCGGUUUGAAGGACUAG